AUGUUGCUUGGAUUGGUGCACAUUUCAAUAUCAUGCAUGCUGCUACCACCCGCUAAUACUGUAAAUUCCUGCUAUGCAGUGUAGCUUGAAAGUGUAUGUUAAUUAUCUUUAAUAUGUUUUUCUUAUUUUCCAGGUUCAUCCUGAAGGAAAGUUUGUGGUUGAUUUAGAUAAAGCAAUUGAUAUGAAUGAUGUAUGUAUAAUAUUAUACAGUUACCAAAAUGGAUUGAGUGUAAAUUUUGUUUUACUUCCAGUUGUGUUCUGUAAGUCAGAAUAUUUUACUUUUGUGUUGGUAGACACUUUCAAUUUGUUGCAUGUGCUAAUCUACUUGACAAUGAAUACUUGAGACGUACUGCAUGUUUAUUAUUUACAUGCUCGGAUUGGCCGAUGUCGCUUGGUAGGCAUGAAAGUGAUGAAACUAUAGUAAGAUGUUUAAGAUGCAUCAGCAUGAAUAAUCAAACGUCAUUGGCCCAUAGGGAUUGUUGUAAACUUGUAAUCCCUAGCCAACCAAUGGUGCAUCUUACAUCCCCAAUAGUAACCAGUCAUCCAUCAGACAGAGAAUUAUGUAUUAAAAAACUAAGCAAAUUACCAUUAUUGAGCCCGGUAUAUUGAGGUGCGCUAUGCAUGUAACACACAGGGUGCGAAAUAACGGCCGGUCAACAGACAAUAUCCGGCCAGAAUGCGGAGUUGUCUGGUCAAAUUCUUACCUUGCCGGUCAUUUUGACCGGUCACUUUCGGUAAAAGAACAAACUAAUCUUCAUUUGAAUUAAUAAUCAAAAUAAAAUUGUUGAUCAAGUAUUACAAUUAAGAACCAUAACAUGUUGUCGAAAUAUUUUGCGAUAAACGAACUUCAGUGCCAGCUUUCCCACACAGUACGUCACAAAGUCCAUGGCCAUGCUUUUGGCUUAAGAGUUAAGGCUGUGCUUUUAGCGCAGUGCAAGCUGUUUUAUGUGAAGGAGUUUUUAAUUACUACUGAUUACAGUAAGGCACUUUAGUGUGAAAAUAGUCACAUUUUUAGGGGUAUACUUUACUAGGCUUUGUUUUAAGCUGAAUAAUUUGACCCGCCAGAAAUUCAGCAUUCCCGAGCUAAAAUUGAGUUGGCCGGUCACCUUGACUGACAACCCUCCAGCCGUUAUUUUGCGCCCUGGUAACACAAGGUACAAAAAGCAAGUUGAUGCAGGCAAAGGGAGAAACGUAGGGUUGGUGGUUUGAAGCAACUGUAUUUACAGCUCCUUGGUGACUAAUCGUAUAUUCAUCUCUUACAUGCCCACUAUUUGCAUAUCAUUAAUAUACCAUAAGCAGAUCGGAUUUUAGUUGUUGUAUUCAUAAACAAAAUGUAAAAGUAAACAUAUUUUGUGUUUCUCAGUCAGGGUGGCAAACCUCUUUUAUUUUGUUUCAUAUUGUAACUGAUAUAUGCAUAGUCAUGUGCUCUUCUAAUUCUUUCAGGUUACAGCAAACUCUCGUGUGGCUUUGAGAAAUGACAGUUAUACGUUACAUAAAAUUCUGCCAAACAAGGUACAGUGCACUGAAUUGUUACCAGCUCAACACAAGGUCAGCACAAUGUAGUGUAGAAUCAGCUAAGUAUUUAAAAAGGGGCUUUGGUAGCACAAUCAUAGCAAGUGCCUUUCACUUCGGGGUUUUCCUUUUUCUUCUGGGUUUUCUUUUUUUUUUCCGUUUCCUGCCAUAGUGAAUGUUGACAGGGUGGGUUGGGAUUAGCCCCUAACUGACCUUUCCAUAAUAGCUGUGCAGUGCUCUGUUUAUCAGACUUGAGUCAUAAGGUGGCUACGAGUACGAGGGGCGUCCUUAGAAAGCCUUCAACUUGAUCAUGUUGAACUGCAUCCUUCGCAAUCCAGCUUAGCUCUCAGCUGCAAGUAGGAUGGUUACUGUACUUACUUACUGCCAUUCUUUAUAAGGUUGAUCCUUUGGUGAGUUUGAUGAUGGUUGAGAAAGUACCUGACUCCACAUAUGAAAUGGUUGGUGGUCUGGAUAAACAGAUUAAAGAAAUAAAAGAAGUAUGUAGGAUGAUUUUCUUAACUGUCCAUUUCGUAUGUUGUAGUUUGUACUUGAUGUUUGUACAUUUUCUUCUAGGUUAUUGAACUCCCUGUUAAACAUCCUGAAUUAUUUGAAGCACUUGGAAUUGACCAACCUAAGGUAUAAACUGCAUUAUGUCGAACCUCUUAAAUACAGAAAGGGGCAGAAUAAUGUGUCCAUAUUGUGAAGUGACCAGACAGUGACCUCACUUUUAGGCAUGUCUUCAAUGAUAGUUUUAGUGUUCACCAACUAAAAACAAACCUACAAUUGGACAAUUUUGCCUUUGACAAUGGACCUAUUCCCUAAUGAACAAAAUUUUGAUCUAGACAAGUCUAUAUACAAAAAUUUCAUCACAGUUUGAAAGAAAAUCACAAAAUUAGUAAUAUUCCGAAGUUUCGUUGCGAAAUGUUGUAAAAUGCGGAUAAUAUAGCCCUGCGAAGUUUGCAGUUUUUCAGUCAUUUUGUAUUACGCGCGGGAAAUUGAUACCUUUUUUCAGAAAGCGGUAUCAAUUUCCUGUGCGUAAAAUGACUGAAAAACGGCAAACUUCGCAGGGCUAUAUUAUCCGCAUUUUACAACAUUUCGCAACGAAACUUCGGAAUAUUACUAAUUUUGUGAUGAUCUUUCAAACUGUGAUAAAAUUUUUGUCUAGACGUGUCUAGAUCAAAAUUUUGUUCAUUAGGGAAUAGGUCCAUUACUGUUGCUGAUUUUCUUUUUAUAAGGCUUAGCUUUCCUUUUCUCCGCAUGUCAUUGGUAGUUUAUUUAAAUAUUCAACACUAUACUGUAGAGCGAUGGCAACCCAAUAUUUGAUGAAGUGUCUGUUACAGUAUAUGUUAUGAACUACUGUAACUGAAAUUCUGAAAAAGAUAAAACAUUUCGACUCAUAAGUUUCGGUUUGUGGAAACACCAUGUUUAUUUAUUUUUGCAAAGCUUCCGUAAGCCCUGAUAUACGUGGUGUUUCCACAAACCAAAACUUAUAUUAUCGCCUUGUAAAACUACAAAGAGCUUGUGGUAGCACUUACUACCUCCUACCUCCCCUCGAAAUCACAAAUUUCAAUUUCCAACCUACAAACGGUCAUAAUCUGCCUUACGAAAUUAGGAAAUUCAUUACGGCCUGCGGAGUGGGUAAGAGUAUUUGUAUGUAUUUAAGAAACGGAAAAGAAACGUUUCUACAUAUUAAGCAUAAGCGUGGCUCUUAUCUGGUCCGCAAAUUUCUAUUUUGUCAUUUUGCACAUUGGUAAGCAAGUAGCGGGAAAGGAUGUAUCUAAAAAACUUUGUUAACCUUUCUGGAUCCUUGCGGUAUUUCUUGGAUAUGGUAAAUUGUACCCAACACUUCAGGCAUGUAUAUAUACUUGGUCUGUGCUAUUGGGGUUGCAAAAAAUUUGUGCUCGUUGUUGAUCAAUUAAGACGUCUCUUCUAAUUUCACGUCGUGACUUGAAUCUGAUGACGUUACGUUCAAUUAGCAUAGGUAAUCAUGCGAUCGCGAGUACAAUUAGGGAUUAAUAGUACGAGUGAUGUUUGGAAAUUUUGCCAAAAUUUUGUUUGUUGUUGGAAAAUCAUUAAUUGUACCAUAGAUUAUAGAUCAUACCAGAUGUCUCACUGUGUAUCUAUCUCUAUGAUUUUCGUGUCCGCGAUUUUCGCAAGGCUAUCACGCCAGAUGACGCGUGCGACACUUACUGCCAAAAGGCGUGAUUGCUCACGUUUCAUGGCGUGGAUUACACUUACUGCCAAAAUGGCGGCCAAUUCGUGCUCAUAAAAAAUCGCGGACACAAUUUUGGCUGAGUGAGACAUCUGGUAUGAUCAAUAAUCUAUGAUUGUACUGCAGUACAAUUAAUGAAAUAAUUGUACUCCUCUCAACCAAUCAGCAACCAGUAAUUUUGUCAUGCUAAUAAUAAGUGACGUAACAAAGAGUCGCACGCACAAAUCAGUCAUAAUUGAAUUUGUUUUCAAAGCGCGUAGAGGUGUAAUUACUGCAGAGAUAUAUUUUAUUCAAAUUUGUUGUCGUUGGUUGAUUUAAAAAACAAGAAUGAGUACAGAAAAAGAAAUCGUAUUCUCCAAUGAAGGCGGGAAUCUUCCAUUGAAGUUGGUGAAAUGUUUUGAAAAAGACUUCUAUAAUCAAGAAAUGUUAGAUAACAAAUGGUUAUUUGGUGAUCAUCUUGGAACAGUCCUGCGUCCAGGAGUAGUUCGUCCUUUAUCACCGACGUUCAAAAUACAUUCGCCAGAAAAUGUGUUUCCCGGUAUGACUGUACUUUGCGAGGGAUUUGAUGAUAUGCGUGAGUGGAAAAAAACAAUCGAGUUUGUUGGUUUCCUUGCAAGAAAGGGAAACAUGUUCAACAGUCGGCAUCAUUGGGACAUGCGCACGAAGUUCUUGGAUGUACGUUUAAGAUGUAUGGAAAAGAUCAUUGAAGAUCCAUCUGGUAUUCAUCGUAAGCCGGAGGGAGGGUUCUUUGUGCGCACCCCAGUCGUUGUUCAGAAAGCCCUAGAGGAAGAGAGACGAAAGAUAGCGCUUGCACGUGAACGGGAAAUCUGUGAAGAAAGUGGGACUGAAAUGGAUGGAGAAUAUUGUGAUGAGCUCAUCUUAGAAAAUCAUGAUAUUUUGACUCCAAAACGUUCAAUGUUGCGAGAACAGCAUCGAGUUCAAAAAGAAAAGAUUUUUGAGCAAGUAGAAAAAGAUGCAGAAGAUGAAAAACUCCAACGUGAAAGUCUUCAAAUAGGAUUAAACAUUGAAACCUGGCUUGAGUCAGAGUACAGUUUACCGGCUUUAUAUAAUGCUGAACGUAAACAUUAUUCUUCAAACAAUGAUUUUACGCAAAUGAUUUUACGCGGCUUGAAAGUAGCACAAGCAUCAAGGCUACGACAACAGAAGUUUCAACCAGCGAAAUGUCUGGAAAUGUGGUCAAACAGCAAACACUUGAUGGUGCACAACUACAGAGAUCAAGAUUACAAAGCUUACGAAGAAGUAUAAGGUCUUUAUUGUCCUGUUUUCGAAGAAACCAAGUCACGCCUGUGGACAUUUAAUUGAUGUGGAUGUCAACACUUCAUUGUUUAUUUAUUUGAAUGCGUUUAUGCUUGGGAACAAUUGAAAGUUAAUGGUUCUCUAUGUAAAUACCAGUUCCCAGACUGAUUAUAGACGACUAUUGCUAGUGUAAGCAAAAACACAGGGUUGAGGUUAAGGUGGGACUAGGGUUGGCUUGGGUAGGAUAGGAUUAAGGUGGGUUGGUAUUUGGGGUAGGGUUAGCGUUUGAGGUGGGGUUAUAGCUGGAUUAUAGUUUAGAUAACAAUGCUUCGAAUAUGUCUACAUAUACAAAUAAACAUGUAAAUAAUUUAAACGAUAUUGAGGUAAAAUAUAAAAAUUCAGAAUGACUAAGAAACGCUCUGCAAUUUUGUGAAAGGGUUUGGAAACGUCGUCGAAUUCUAAAAUAACAGUGCCCAUCGCAAACCGUUGUUAUUAAGCCUCGUUUACCCUAGAGACCAGACCUAUUGGACCAAUCUAAAGCAGUUAACCCCGGAUCAAACUAGGAUGAGAGUGCAUGAGUUGGUAGUUAGGCGACCUUGGUUAACUGGGUUUUUUAUUUAAACAUAUUUUGUUACAGACAUUUUCUCCAAUGUCCCCUGUAACAAAACUGCUAACUCUAAUUCUCGUUUGACCUCUAGUGGAUACGCUAGUAUAAAGCCCAGGUCGCACUACACAACGAUAUGAUAACUUGUUAACAUGCGCUGAAAUCGUAUCGUUGUAGUGUGACCGCGUCCUAAACACGCUUGGAUUGGCCUAAAAGUGUAAUUUCAGGAAAUUAUAGCUAGUCCCAGGUACUCUAAGUCUCAGCUCAACCCUAUAGUGUAAACACGCAUUUGGGCUGACCCAAGGCAAAUUUCAAUGACAUCAAGUGUAAAAUAUAUGAGCUCCUUAUCUGUAUUAAGUAGAUUUGGUAUCUUAUUACAGAGAAUCCGUGUUUUAAACAAAUAUAUGAGACAUUUGUCUUCACAUUGGAAACUGUCCAUGUUAUUAGCAAUGUGUCCAUAACGGAAGUUUCUAUUAUUGUUGAGUCAUACGUACAAUUGAAUCAUGAAGCUUUAUAGUUUUGUACAUGUACAUUAUUUUGUUUUUCACAGGGUGUGUUAUUGUAUGGACCACCGGGGACAGGCAAGACACUUCUAGCUCGAGCAGUUGCCCAUCAUACGGCAUGUACUUUCAUACGAGUGUCAGGAUCUGAACUUGUUCAGAAAUUUAUUGGAGAAGGCGCUAGGAUGGUACGAGAAUUGUUCGUUAUGGCCAGGUAAAAUAUGUUGUACUUUGGACUGUAUCAAGACGAAAAUGUUCUUCGAAAAUUCGAGCGAAAGAUUUAUAUACAAUUUUCAGACCUGACCAGCAGCAGUUGCGAAAAAUGCGACAAUAGGCCCUCAGGCAGGACUCGAACCUGCGGCCCUGCCAGUUGACGAGCAUGAACCACAAGUGUUUGUAUAUAUACGUAGGGUCAUGCCACUAUAAGGUAUGGGUAAAUAUCAAGAUUCUGCUCAUCUUGCUCAAUCCAUCUAAUUGAUGAUGUGUCGACGCAUUCUCGUACCCAGAGCCCUUCUUACGCGCGGUGCGACGAGGGGCUCUGGCCAAAUCCAUAUUCCGACACCGGAUAUUGUUUUCUUACCAUGUUUUUAUGGUAUCCGGUUAUGGAUUUGGCCAGAGCCCCUCGUCGCACCGCGCGUAAGAAGGGCUCUGGGUACGAGAAUGGUGUCGACGCAUCAAGAAUUAGCCAUUCCGAAGUUGAUGAGUGGACUGGGGACGAGUGUUAAAAAGUGCCCAAAUUAAGAGUAUACAAAGUUUGAAGACGUUUACAUGAAUACCCUUCGAAUAGUAAGCUUUCGAAAAUUGUGAAAUUACUGAUCAAAAGGCUGUUUAGUGAUGCACGUCCCCAAAAACAAAAAUUACAGUACAUUUCAUAGUAACUAUUGCGAUUUUCGAAAGCUUAUUAUUAGAAGGGUAAUUAUGUAAACGUCUUCAAACUUUGUAUACUUACUAAUUUUGAGGUGGUAUUUUUAGAUUUGGUUCAUUUCUUAAUUUGGGCACUUUUUAACACUCGUCCCCAGUCCACUCAUCAACUUCGGAAUGGCUAAUUAGUUGGAUCGAGCAAGAUGCCCAAGAUCUUGAUAUUUCCACGUAUAUAGGUAUUAUAGUGUUGAAAGAUACUGUAAAUCUGAGAUUACAAAUAUUUUAUACAGGGAACAUGCUCCGUCAAUAAUCUUCAUGGAUGAAAUUGAUUCAAUUGGAUCAUCAAGAAUUGAAUCUGGUGGAUCAGGUCGGUCUUAAUGUAGACACCAAUAUCACUGUAUAUUAUUAAGGUGGCUCGAUACAGUUUUUUAAAAUUGGAAAAUUUUAAAUUUAAAUUUGGGAUUUAGAUCCGUAUUUUUGGACAAGUAUUUACAGUAUGUAAAACAACAUCUAAAGAGUGAAAUUUUUCACAAAAACUUUUUCGCAAUUGGGCUAUGGCAACAAUGGGGUUUUACUAGUAGAAUGGUCAAUGGGGUUUUACUAGUAGAAUGGUCAAUGGGGUUUUACUAGUAGAAUGGUCAAUGGGGUUUUACUAGUAGAAUGGUCAAUGGGGUUUUACUAGUAGAAUGGUGCAUAUUUUCGCUUUAAAUUAAUUUAACUCGUCAACGACAUCGGUGAGCCUCAAACUUUAUUUCACAAAACUAUUCUACUUGGUUUACUCAUUUAUUUGGAGGAUUUCGCUUCGGUGGCGCAGUUGUCAGAGCAAGCACCUUUCACUUUUGAGAACGUGGGUUUGAUUCUCGCUACGGACUCAUGUGAAAAGAGUCAGUCAACGCUUUGCCGAAAAAUCGUGGGUUUUCUCCGGGCGCUCACAGGGCGGGUUAGGAUAAAUAGAGUUAGGAAAGUAAUAUUACAAUAGGCAAGUCCAGCUUUUAGUUUAUGCGUACAGGGGAUGAUGGGAAGUAAGGUAUCAUAUUGCUGAUUAUGCUGAAAAAAUAAAAAUGGUGGCCGUGUAAACACGGAGUGAUAGCUUAUACUUGUAAAUAUUGAAAUGUUUCGGUUGUUUCGGCAGUUUUUAUUGAAAUCUUCAGCAUAAUCGGCAAUGUGAUACCUUACUUCCCAUCAUCCCCUGCACGCAUAAACUAAAAGCUGGAAUUGCCUAUUGUUGUAAAGAUAAAUAGUCUAGGCUAAAGUAAGUAAAAUAUAGUCGGUCACUGAAAAGCCCCGAUGGGGAGUCAGCUGAAUAAUCAUAGUCAAUGAAACACCCGAGGAAACACUCAUGUGCUGGUAUAGCGUUCUGACCAACCAUGAAUUGUAUUGAUAUUGUCUUAAUAUGUCUACUUUCAUAUGCAGGUGACAGUGAAGUACAACGAACGAUGUUAGAAUUGCUUAACCAACUUGAUGGAUUUGAGGCUACUAAGAAUAUUAAGGUAGAAUUGUUAAGAAUCCACUAUUGUCUAAAUAUAGCAUAGUAUUUUAACUGUAUUUCAGUCAACCUUGCCAAGUAUACCAUGAUUAAUAAGUUUACAUUGAAAACACAAGUACUGAAAUCCACGCAGGUACGAUCCAUACAAUUUCCACAGUAAGGAUUUGGAAAACAUAUUCUGAUGUUAGGAAGUAAUCACGUGACGUAAUCUUUAUUUAAUAAACAAUGUGUAUUCAUUCUCGUAGGUUAUAAUGGCCACCAAUCGAAUAGACAUCUUAGACGCAGCUUUACUUCGACCUGGACGUAUUGACCGAAAAAUUGAAUUCCCCGCACCAAAUGAAGAGGUAAUGAAUAUGGAGUACAGUAUGUGCUUUAUUCUUUUGUCCUUGACAGGAAAAUUAGCUAUUACGAAGGGAGGGAAACAUUGAAGACGUUAAUUUCCGACAAGUUCGACCAACUACUGUGGAUAUGUUCCCAAUGCACUACCACAGAAUUUAAGAAUGGACAAUAUCAAUUUAAGCCAAUUUAAAUCGUUAUUACGGGUAUACUACAUCAAUGCCCUCAAUAAUCGUUAUAAUACAGAUGAUUCGAGAACGUGGAAGACAAUAUGUUUAAGAUGUAACCGUCCUUGGAAUAUAAACAAUGAGAAUGAAAUAGCUUGCUGUACAGUGGUUGAAGGCGAUGUUAUACGAGACAAUUUUUGCUGUGACUUUAACCGCGGUUUCUGUCGUCGACUCGUGUUAUCUAAACGACACGACUUUAUUUAUUCUAUUUCUUUCACUUUCUAUCCUUAAGACUUUUAUCUGCGGUUUGCAGCGGAUGUUGCCUCGUGUAACAUGGCCCUUACUGUUCAUAAAUUUCGAUGUUAUAGUUUGUUAUAUUUGUUGACCAGGGCCCACAGUAAUUGGUUUAUACUGUUGUGGUCACUGGUGUCCCCGCCAGUUCGUUGUUAGAUUCAGUGACCACGUGACGUACAUGUUCUGCUGUUAUAAUGUCAUGUUCACACCGUACAGUAUAACACUGUUGUUUGAUAUAGGAGUAUUAUUCUUCCAUCAUUGCUGUAGCAUCCUGUGAACAGUCGUGUCAUGUGUUCACAAGUUGCUGCCAAACAACUAACAUACAAUGCAUUUUCCUAGGCUCGACUGGAUAUCUUGAAAAUCCAUUCUCGUAAGAUGAAUUUAACGAGAGGAAUCAAUCUUCGGAAGAUUGCUGAAUUGAUGCCUGGAGCAUCUGGUGCCGAAGUAAAGGUCAGUAUAGUUGAUUAAAUCUCGAAUUAUCCCCAGGAAGUGUGUCUGGAAAAUAUCAAGAAUGUUGUAUUUCAUAUAUUGUUGUAUAUCAGCAGAGGUUCAUAUUCUCAUCCGGGUGUGUGUUAUUAUCAGGGGGACAGUCCUUUAAGCACAGGGAAACAGUAUAUGUUAUGCACGUCGCAUAAUAUUUAUCGCAUUUCCUCAAUUCAAUACUUAACGUUCGUUCAAUUAACACACGGAUAACAUUAAAAUUAUAUAAACUUUACUAUCAAAUAAUAAGGUAAAAGACUUAAACAUAACUAACGUGGAGUUCGUAACGAAAUAUCCUCGAAUAAUCGAAUAUAAUAUAGAUAAUGUUUAGCCUGCGAACAGGUUCAACAGCCUGCAAUCAGGCUCAAAGUAAACGCAACAAAUGUUAUUGAAACUCUGUUCAUGUCUCACAGUUUAUCACACUCCCGGCGUUGAUCACCCCAGAGUGAUCAAAUAUACUUUAACUAUACGAUUAUAAUGAACUUAUCUCAUCCCCUUUCGUAAAAGUUCUCCAACUACCGCCGCACUUCGUCUCGGUCGCUGUCUGGUCGAUUCUUCUUUCGGUGCACUUUCAACAGCUGGAGACACAUCGUUUUCUGUAUCUGGACUCAAUUUCAGCUCCAGAGGAAUUAAAUGUUGUAUAGGCCGUCGUAAUUCAAUCACACGCCCUUUUCCCGAAUUUACCACGCAAAUCUUUGCUGCCCGAAUUACACCGUCCUUACUUUUUAUGAGCUCCUUGACUCGUGCAAGCUUCCAAAACAUUCGUGGAGUUGAGUCAUUCUUCAACACAACUACGUCACCAACGGCUAUUGUUUCCUUUUCUGUUCCAUGAAGAACGCGCGAUGUCUCUCGAAGGCUUAAUAGAUACUCCGUUCUCCAGCGAUUAGUAAAUUGGUCCAGUAAACGCCUUUGAUUCUUCGCUUUCCUGGUCAAUGAUCGGUUAGUACUGAUAAUGUCGAACUGUCGAUCACUUGGCAUUAACGAAAUUUGUCUACCGUAGACUAGUUGAGAAGGUGUAAGGGGGUACGACACUCCUUCCUCAUCGUCAUAAACAUACGUAAGUGGUGUAUUAUUUAUCGUCGUUUCGAUUUCCACUAAGAGUGUUCGUAAUGACUCGAAAUCCAUAGAAGAUCGUCCAAGAAUCUUUUUAAAACACCUCUUCGUACUCUGUAUCAUUCGUUCGUAAAAUCCUCCUUGCCAGGGUGCCUUUUCUAUGAUGAAUUCCCAUUGCACCCCUCUAGAUGCCAUUUCUCGUUGAAUUUCGGAAGAUCGCAAGAUGUUCUUUACUUCUUUGGAUGCACUCUUGAAAGUCUUAGCAUUGUCAGUUAUUAAUCGUGAUGGCAAACCUCUUCGGGAAACAAAGCGUCGAAAGGCUUGAAGAAAUGAAGAUACGGAUAAACAUGGGACAAGUUCCAGGUGGACGGCUCUAGUAGAGGCGCAG